CGAAUGUAUUACGUAUAUGGAACACUAUAAAACAGUAGAAUCCUAUUCCAUAAGCACCGUUUACGAAGGGAGAUCACUUUAUAUUAAAAAAUGGCGGAUUCUACUCAAGUGGAGUUGCUGUUUUUUGAUACAUUUUCUCACGAAAAUAUCGAGGAACUAAAUCUAGAUCUUGUGAAGUUUUCCCGUCCAGCUGUUCUCCAUGAAGUUCAUGUCGUUCCACUUGGCACCAAAGUUCAGGCUGAAGUACCCGGAGGUACUCGUCUUGGAGCAACAAACCCAUCAUCUUUCAAACUCGAGUUUUUCGUCAAUAAUCUGCGCAAACCAAACGCUGCUACGUUUGAAAAGUUGGGAAUGUUGGAAUACAAAGACAAUAAAGACGUCAUGUUCCUUGCUGAAGAGUUGGUGCCAACCAAUGGUCUCAUUCUGAAAGGAUGGUAUACAACUAUCACCAUUGCCGCUUUUGGAAAUGUGGCAACAAUUGAAACCAUAUCCCCACCACCUCCACCGCCUCCUCCACAGCAAUCUGUGCAUCGUAUAAAAGGACCUGCAUUGGAGAACCAUUCACAGUCAGACAAGCAGUCAGAAUGGGAACCUAGGCAACAACAUCCUUUGGAUUACAUCCAACAACAGGUGGAACAACAGAUGCAACAGCUUCAACAGCAGCAUGCACAACAGCAAGCACAACAGGCUCAGCAGCAGCAGCAAGCACAAGCACAACAGAAGCAGCAGAAACAACAAAUGGUGCAGCCAAGCCAACAGCCCAAAGCAGUUCAACAAAGUGGGCAAGGGCAAACUCAGGUGCCACCGCCGUCGUCUCAGCAACCGAGCUCCCAGGUACAGCCGAGCAAGCAACCACAACAGCAACAACAACAACAGCAGCAGCAACAAGUGGCAUCAUCUCAGCAGCAACAGCAGCAGCAGAAGACACAGCAGCCGAGUACAGUUGUCCACCCUCCAUCCCAGUCGCAUACUGCACCCACCCAAACCCCUCUCUUACCCCUUCCUCACAGAUCUUCAGAUGUCUAUCAUCAAACUGAAGAACUCUUUGAUCACAGACCUUCCUCUUCACAAGAUAUUCCAACACAGGAAUACUCAGCCAGCCAAAGGGAAUUUACUGGAGACAGCCACAAGGCUUUUAGUCAAAGAGAUUCUACAGCUGAUCAGACUGACAGAACCUACCGAGGAGACUUCAACGAACUCUGUUCUGAAUCGAAAGAACCCAUUGACACAUCUGAUUUCUUUGAAGAGCAGCAUCGUAGCAGAAGUUCAUAUGAGCGUGAGGUACAUCAUCGUGAUGGGCGUGGCACAAGAGAAGCGGACACUGCACGGGAGUUUGAUAACCAACGGGAUGGUUCUCGAGAGAAGAACGAUAAAGAUCCUUGUUCUCGGUCUCCCACACGUGAACGUGACUGGGACCAGUUCAAGGAGAGAGACCAAAGCAGGGACUUAAGUGAUCGAGAAACUCGUGACCGAACAAAGUCUCCUCAUUGUCGUUCUCGUUCACCAACAAGAUCACGGUCUCCACCUGCGGAGUCUCCAAGACAAGAUAGAAUUGAAGAUCCUGAUUCUGAAACCUUACCUAUGAACCAAGAUGACCUGUAUUGCCUCACACCUGUCCACUCUCCAAAUGUGAUAUUUCUUUCAGAUGCUGAGAAUCAGGAUGCUGAUGACGGUUACGAAGACAUCAGUUCUGAUGAUGAUGAUGAUGGACUUAUAUGUGGUGAUGACAGUGAUAUGCAGAAUGUUGAAUUCUUUGAUGUCGCUGAUGAUUCCUGGAAUUUUGCCACAUCAAGUUUCAACCCUUUUCAGUGUUAUCUUGCUCCGCUUGCUCAUUUCUUGGAUCCAUCCCUAACUCCAUUUGAAGUUGAAAAAGCCCAGUGGCAGCAAUCGGAGUCCGGAGCCAACGCUGAGAUGUGCCAAGAAGCGAAGACAUUGCUUGAAUUUAUAGAGACGUUUGCUAAUGCUGAACACCAAAGAAAAUGGAUAGAAGCUGUUGAAAUAAUACCCUCCCUUCUGGAUAAAGGCCUUAGCUAUCUUCUCUAUAAAGAAAAUCGAGAAGAUGUUCUGACAACGUUAUUGGAUUGGUGUAUCGAAGGGUUGGAUUUAAAGAAAGCUAUUACCCAACCAGAAACAGCUUUCAAAGUACGGUAUCUGAAGAUGGGAAUCCGUCUUGCUAGCAGUCUCUGUUGCUGUGAUUCGUUUGUUGCAUCAAAAGCAGUUGAACGGAAUAUCCAACAUUAUUUACUUGAUUUGUAUAUUUCCCCCAACAUGUCUAUGUCUCUGAAAUUACAAAUUUUGCGUGCCCUGGACCAAACAACUCGUCUCCAAGAAGGCUUGCUGUGGUUCACUGCCAGUCAUCCAUCAAAACAGAAACGGCAGAGGCUGCGACGCAGGCUGGUCAGUGCCAAACAGAAUGAAGAGAACGAAGACACGACUGAAAAGAAAAUGUAUGACAUUGAUGAAUAUCUCCAAGACAUUGAUGAUGCUGAACAGGAGAGAGACAAGAAAGAUGGCAUGAGUGAAGGAUGGAGUUGUUACCAGAGAUUGCUUGACAUAAUGAUGACAAAGCAGAUUGUCCGAGUUGCAGUUGCUGGGACGGCUUUAUUACGUAAAAUCCACACGUUUGAGGUUCUUCAAAACUUCUACCUGAUAGUUGAGCAGUUGAUUGAGAAUAUGCCUUGCUUUGAGGAAGGUGACUUGAAGAGCGGCCAAGAGGAUGUUGUCAAUGGUGGUGGAGGAGGAGGAGGAGGAGGAGGAGGAAGUAAUAAUAAUGGAAGCGGUGGAGCAGGAGGGACUGAAGACAAUGAUGUCGAUCCUGUUGCAUCAGGUGUUGCGAGCAUCAGUGAUGUCAAUGCAGACCUCUUGAUCACUUAUUUAGAAGAAAUAACCAAAGUUAUGACACAAGCGCCAUUUUUGAUAGCUCAGCCACGCCGAUCCUUACCUGGCAAAGUGAUAUUCGAACUACGUCAACAGCCUCUUGAUAUUUAUCCAAAUCUUUUUUCUGUUUGUUACUCUUGCCAACUGUUAGAAUGUUUGUUUGUUCUGCUGUCAUCUCCGGCUACCAUAAACAACUUUGGCUUGUUUGUAGCGAUUAGAGAUUUUUUACAGCAACUUCUGGAGACCCAGAAAGGACUCCUCUUUCUUAGUGCCAAGCCAGAUGCAACAAAUGGAAUUCUCCGAGCUCUUGUUCAAAUGGGUGAUUAUAACCGUGAAGAAAACAGUGAAGAAAACCCUGCCCAGCUGCUAGGGUUACAGCUGACCUAUCAUCUUCAGACAUUGCAGUAUGUUGACCAACUGGCUGACUAUCACAAGAAAAAUUCUUCAGAAAAGGACAUCGAUGAAGCCGAACCCCUUGGCGUAUUACACAGCAUGUACUCUAUGACAAUUAACCCCCUGGGAAGAGAGGCUAGUAUGGAUAAAAAUAUUAUCAUUUAUGGUGAUGAGGUGAAAGAUGCCCGUGUGAAGAAGUCGGUGUGUGCUGGCUAUGUCUCCGAAUUAUUACUUCUCGUCAUUCGCCAAUCAGACAACAUGGAAAUGCUGCAACGCUUUGCUCCACAACUGCUUGCAAUUAGUGAAGAUGGCAAAUACGUUGUCAACCCCUCCGCAUCAGAUCAAAUGGCUACAAAAAUGCAAGAAAUACAAGAAUGGUUGUGCCCAAUAAAAAAAAUUACAAGCUUCUCUCAUGAGGUUCUGCAGUCUUUAAUCUUACAGUUGAAAAUGUAUGCUGAUGACGUGUUGAAGUUACCACGAGGGUUAAUUACAAUCCUGAGAGUGCUCAACUUCUUGGCAGUUCCACCGAAAACCAAAUAUGCUGAAGAACGACCAGUAGAACUGAAGUACAGUUAUAUCAUUAUUGAACUUCUCAGUGCCGAUUGCUUCCGUCUUUUUGUCGUCUUCUUACAGAGACUUGCAGAUCGGAUGCAGCGGCCAUGGCAACAAGGAAUCCCACAAAGCAGCAGCCAGUUAUCAAUUGUUUUGUCUAUUGUGAAACCCGCACUAAGCAUUAUCAAUACAACAUUAUCAUUUCUGAUCAUGUCAAGGGAGUCAGAGGUAAGCAAUCUGACAGCUCUUCCUGUUUUGCUUGAACUUCACACUGUAAUUUGUUCUGUCCCCAGUGCUGCUCCUUACUUAAAUGACAUCCAACAGAUCCAGAAAACCAUCAUAGACACAGCCCUGUGUUACACACAACCAACACUUUCAGAGAACGAAGAAGGUCUUAGCCAGAGCCUGUGGACAUUGAUGAUCAAAGAAUUACUGAAGCACUCAAUGACUUCACCCUAUCGGUACCUCAGUGGUUUGCUGCUUCUCUCUGAACUCUUACCGUUGCCUUUACCAAUACAAACAAAAGAGACAUUAUCUGAUGAAGAACUGUCUUUGGUUGUUAAUAAUCGGAAACUGUGGAGUGCUCACCUUCAUCCUGUUACACCACACGUACACGAAGUAAUCCAGUCUUUGUCAGUCUCCAGCUGUAUUCCACUUCAGCAAGCCUUACGUCGGGUCUGCUGGCAAAUUGCAGAUUUAGCUGCUCCAUCUGCUUGUAUAAUAACUAAAUGUGUCUACGAGAUGUUGAUUGAUAAUUUGACAGCGUCUGGCAACAAGGAAAAAGGGGAUGAGAAAAAAGAUGGCGAGAAAGAAACACCAGAAGAAGAGGAAGACAAAAACAAUUGUUUGCAAGUCAUCAAGAUUUUGAGUCUGUUGGCUUACUUGCUAUCUCAUCCUUCUGUCAAAGCUGCCAUCCUUUGCCAGCUUCGGUCAAGUUCAAAGUUGGAAGACAAAAAUCAGGAUCUGCUCACCCUGCUUAUACAACUUCUGAAUUCUUCAACCACAGAGAAAUCAUCUCUACGGGUUCAGGAACAAGAACAAAUAUUGACCAUUCUUCAAAACUUGUGUGACCCAGAAAUAACUCUUGUUUCUCCAGAUUCAUCUCUGUCUUUCCAAGAACAGGUAUGGAAACGAAUUCUAAUUACUAAUUUGUGUUUUGCUUUGACAUCUAGCAUUGUGUGUGUGUGUGUGUGUGUGUGUGUGUGUGUGUGUGUGUGUGUGUGUGUGGUUGUUGGUGUAGUAUGGCCCCAGAUCAGCUCCAAGUGGACAAACGUAUUUCAUCAUGUAAAAAGCUGUUUGGAGAAACAAGAGCAAGUAUUCUACAAGCUCCUCACCCAUUUACACAGCACAUACAAUAAAGACAGUGCUGACUUCCUCCAGCUCCUGUCUGCAGCUAUUGAAUUCUUGCGUCUUCUCUUAGCUGAAAACUCUGAAGAAGAGGGUGAAUUUGUUCGUACCUACACACUCACCGUUCCUGAGUUGCGUAAGUUCAUCAACUGGACAAUACGAGAUGAAUGCCAUCCACUCUAUGAACUGGAGAAACUUUUGGAGGAGUGUGCAAAAGAAGAAGAAACUUUGGAUACGUUAGUGGAGAGUUUUUCUGCUUUGAUACAGUUAAUAGAAGACAACAAGGCAGAGGCUUCCGAAACAAAAGAAUUUGUGGAGCCUGUGAUGCCAGAGGGUGAAACUCUGAAUUCCUUAUUUAACCAUAGAGCACUAUUUGUUCUUACUGAUUCCGACGACGAACGUCUCAACACUGCUUACUGGAUGUCCCCCGCAAAUUCCGAUGAUAUAGAUAUAGAGUUGGAUUUGGUACGUCUUAACCUUCAAGAGUUGGUGGCCAAAUACUGCCCUGAAUUUAACUUGGAAGAAGAAUUAAAGAAAGCAACUGACACAACGCCAUAUGAAGGACCACCAAAACCCAAACGAGACAGACUGGGUCGUCGUAAGUCCUCAGAAGGGGUUCAUUUUCCUCGAGGUAAAGGAACUAAACAGAAAUUUGGGGCAUCCAUCAGAGGUCGAGGUGCUUCGAGGGGUAUGGCUUCAAAUCGUUCAGACCCUUUCCGCUCUCGGCCCCCAAAUACAAGUCGACCACCUUCCAUGCAUGUUGAUGACUUUAACAAAUUACAGAAGACAAACCAACAAUUGAUGGGGCCAGCAGGACUGAAUAGAAGACCAGAUAAAGCUUUCUUUUUGCAGGAAAUUGGCCGAGGCCGAGGCCGGGGUUUUGAUCGUAAUCAAGGCUUCAGUCGAGGCAGAUUCUUUACUCCUCCAGGCAACUACCGAAGAAACCCUGGACAAUUUGGUCACAACACCAACAAAGCCACACUGCCCUACUACCCUCAGAACACACGUGGCGGCGGCAGUGGUGGUGCUGGAAUAGGUGGCGGCAGAGGUGAUGGCGGCGGCGGCAGAGGUGAUGGUGGCGGCGGCAGAGGAGACGGUGGUGGUGGUAGAGGUGACGGUGGCAACAGUGGCAGUGGUAUGAAUAUCUACACCAACAGAACUAAUGUCAGUUUCAACAGUCCACGCCAGUUUAUCAGAGGAGGUCUUGACAAACGUACAACCGUUGAUCGCCGCACUGGGCGAGAUAAUCGCUUUUCUCUCCGAGGUGGUGGUCGUGGAGGAAAUAAUCUAGCCAGUGGCAGUCUAGGGGCAGCAUUGCUGAGUGCAGCAGUUAGUGGUGGUGCAGCUGGAUUAACUGGUCCUGGUGGAGGUGUUGGUAACAAUGCUGCUGCAGCUACAGCUAGCAGCAGCAAUCACUGGUUUGCAUCAAAAGCUAAAGAGUUAGACAUGAGAUUCCAACCUACUUUUAGAGGAAGACGAGAAAUCAGCAGACAUUUCCGUUCUUUCACAAAGUAAUUCCAUCUCAUAAAAAACAAAAAAACAAAUUAACAUAAAGACAGUUGCAAAUUUUAUUCAGAACUCCGCAAGAAAAACUGCAGGAAAAAUCCAUUCUUUGUAAAUAACCAUAAAUUUCACUCUUGAUCUUUAAGUAAAAUUCAUCAAUUUCACAAAUUU